CCGCUGAUCACCAUCUGAUGCGUAUUGAGAGUUAAAAAGUGUGGCGUCAAGUGUUUUCUCUUUAUUGGCGACUGAAGCUGGAAGCGUCUCUGCCUCUCUCUCGCUGACUGUCUGUCUCCUGCGCUGUGUGUGUGUGUGUGUAUGUCUGCUGUCUGUGUCUGCCCUCUCAAACCGGUCAGUUCCGUCUUCCUCCAUUUUCUACCAUGCUUACCAUGUGAGAGGGGAACAUCCCCACUUCACUUACGCUCUGUGUACGGUAUAUAAAGCAAUGCGCGCCUGGUUGUCGUGCACCUCCAAGUGCAGCCUGCAGCCAGAGAGAACAGCAGACGAUUUGAGGAGAGGCUUUUGUUCAGCUACACAGAUGAACAACAGAAAGGAGGACAUGGAGAUCUCCUCUCACUACCGUCAGCUCCUCAGAGAGCUCAAUGAGCAGAGGCAGCACGGCAUCCUCUGCGACGCCUGUGUCAUUGUGGACGGAAAGAUCUUCAAGGCCCAUAAGAAUGUCCUCCUGGGCUCCUCACGCUACUUCAAGACUCUUUACUGCCAGGUUAAAAAAGGGGCAGAGCCACACCACCAGACUACUGUCACUCACCUGGAUAUUGUCACAGCGACAGGCUUCAAAGCCAUCCUGGACUUCAUGUACUCUGCGCAUCUCGCUCUCACCAGUAAGAACGUGAUCGAGGUCAUGUCAGCCGCCAGCUACCUGCAGAUGACAGACAUUGUCCAGGCCUGCCACAGCUUCAUCAAGGCUGCGCUAGACAUCAGCAUCCGCUCUGAGAUGGCUGACGAACUGGCCGACUUUGAAAUGGGAGCUGUCGCUGCUGCCAGCAUAGGGGGAGGUGCAGGUGGAGGUGGAGGAGGAGUAGGUAUAGCAGGAGCAGGGGGUGUAGCCGGAGCGGGUUUAGGAGGAGGAGGAGGAGGAGGGAUAGUGGGCAUGGCUUCUGAGGCCCUGGCCUCCAUCAUGUCUGGUCGCAGCACCUCCCCUUGGCUGGCACGCCGCACGAGCCCGGCCAACUCUUCUGGGGACUCAGCCAUCGCCAGCUGCCACGAGGGAGGCAGCACGUAUGGCAAGGAGGACCAAGAACCCCCCAAGAGCCAUGAGAGCCAGGAGGAAGCCUGUCACGACUCCCAGCCCGCCUGGCCGCACGACUACAGGCCUGUCACCGUCAAAGAGGAACAGGUGUCCCCUGCCUCCUCCUCUCAUCCCCGGGACAAUCCCAGGGGGGCAGCCCAGAGCCAGGGGGAGCAAGGGGCAGGGGGAGCUGGUGCAGGAGCUGGAGAGGGGCCCUGGCAACCCCUAUCAGGGUCAGGGCGAAGGAAGAACAGGAAGAACAAGGACACGGUCAGACAUAUUACCCAGCAGGCUGAGAGGAACUGGGACAGAGAGCGGGACAGGGAGAGAGACAGGGACAGUAGGCCUGGAUCUCCUCUGCCCUCCAUGCUGGCUGUGGCUGGAUGGAACUACAACGGACAGGAAAUCCCAGGGGCAGACGUGACCGAACCCAACAGCUCAGACAGCCGCGGCGAACGCCUCGACUUCUUCCUCAAACAGGAAGAGGCUCUCGCCACUGAGCCCGGCUUCCUGGGUCCCAACGAAUCGGAGGAGGCUGGGAGAGGAGCCGGGGGCGGAACAAUCUCAUCGGUAGCCAAUCUGAAGGCAGCGCUGAUGAGUAAGAACAGCCUGCUGUCAUUGCGGGCUGAGAUGAUGGGAGAUGAUAACCCCUUGCUGUACGAGUACCUGCCCAAAGGAGGACACUCCCUGUCUUGGCUCCGCUCCAACAACUACUGCAGCACGCUCCGGCCAGGGGCCACGGGGGCCACUAUUCAUAACAAACAGGGGGCUGGCUCCUCUCCUCCUCCUCCUCCUCCUCCUCCUCUUCCUCUUCUUCCUCCUCAUCUUCCACCAUCACCACCGCCGCUACCGCCAUCAUCAUCAUCAUCAUCAUCAUCAACAUCAGCAUACUGUCCACCCACUCCACCCACUCCACUGAACCCCACUGAGCCUCGGCCCCUGGAGGCCCCCGGUCUGCGGGCUGGGGCACCCCCGCUGCGCUCAGAAGGGUUGGACAUGGAAGUGGAAGAGGCUCCUGAGGGCCCGGAGCCCUCCACCUUGCCUGAGGAUGGUGUAAAAGACAAAGAAGACAUGAAAGGAUACAACACAGCGUUGGAAGGUGACCAGUCUCCUGUCGAGAGGGAUCAGAUGGCCGAAGGGAGCUGUGCUGGUGGUUUGACUGUGUCUGCGUCAAUGUUCACGGCUGGCAGAGGGACUGAAGGGCUGAUGGUGCUGGUGAAUGACUUCACGGUGAUCCGUAAAAAGUUCAAGUGCCCCUACUGCAGUUUCUCUGCUAUGCACCAGUGCAUCCUAAAGAGGCACAUGCGCUCCCACACCGGCGAGAGGCCCUACCCCUGUGAAAUCUGUGGCAAGAAGUUCACCAGAAGGGAGCACAUGAAGAGGCACACACUGGUCCACAGCAAAGAUAAAAAGUAUGUGUGUAAAGUGUGCAGCCGAGUCUUCAUGUCAGCAGCCAGUGUGGGAAUCAAACACGGCUCCCGUCGCCAUGGCGUCUGCGCCGACUGCUCUGGUCGGGGCAUGGCCGCGCUGCUGGACCACAACGGGGAAGUGGGAGGAGACAUCUCUCCAGAGGAGGAGCUGUAUCCUGGAGACCGUUUCCAUGAUGACCAGGCGGAGUGUGAUGGGGAUGGAGAAGGGGAGGAGGAGAUGAUGGUCGAAGGGGAUGGUGAGAUGAUGGGGGAAGGGGAGGAAGAAGGAGGGAAGUGGAAGGACUCAGGGAUAACCACUGAGGCACACAGAGCACUGGACAAUGAGAAGGAGGAGAGCGACUCCUCGGCACAGGAGGGGGAGCAGCAGAACGGGAGUGAGAAGGACUUUGCCUGGAUCUCCUAGAAUCUGUCACGCUCCUGUUAGUGGCUCGUCAACCAAUCUCUGAAGAUCUCUUACGAUCUCUCGGGCAGAAUCCUCUGCUCUCUUUACCCAUUCGUCCCACCGUGGGCAGGCCUUCCUUUGGAUGGAAAUGCUGUAGGGCGAUGCGCGACAAUGAUCCAAAACCAUUACGAGUAACACGCUCACACACACACACACACACACACACUUCUCAACCUUGACUGCUAUAGUAGAAGAAGAGCGGUCAAGAGAUGGCUCGAGUGAAAGGCUUUUUCUGCUUACCUCCUUUACUUCUGAUGCAGUGUUUUUGUGUUUCUUUUUCUUGAGGGUUCAGGCCAGAGUCCAGUAGUUUUUAUACUCUGUCACAACAGGAAUCAACGAGGACGCUGCCAAGGACAUGGCCAACACAAGACUGCAACUUUGUAUGUUUGCCAUCACAAUCACCACGGAAACCAAGGAUCACAGACAGUGUAGGGAGACGGCCAGGAGGGAAGUGUCUUGGUCCCACCUUGGCUGUGAUGUUUCUGGGGAAAGUGUCUCUCUAUGAGUGAAGGGACAGUCUAAAUCUAUUGCAAAGCUACGUGUGUCAGAGGAGCGGGGCAGCCCGAUGGCACACUGUUGAUGCAGAGUCCUACUGCCACAGACUUGCACUUUAAUGACAACUGACUCCUAUCAAAGCCCUGAACCCGUGGUUUACAUUUUUGAUCUGAUCUUUACUUACCUAAACAACUCGGUGACCGCACCUACCUUUAAGGAUAUACUUUAUGUCCUCUUGACUGUUAUCACGAGAUAGAAAUCACUGAAUCUUUGUGCAGAUUGCUGUUUAUAUAGCCUAUGCCUUUCAGUGGGGUCCUUAAUCUUUUCUUCACUUAAGUUUACCACACGGUUUCUAUCGAUUCCAUUCCAACAAAUACUGGAGAUUUGACAAAUGUACAUACGAUUUUUUGGGAUUUAAAAGGGGAGUGAAGUGUGCGUGAGACAGAGAGAGAGACACACAGAGAGAGACUUUGACAGCGUAUGCAAGAGUUUUGAACCUCUUCCUACUCUGAAAUACAAACGUGGCCAUCAGUUUCUGCUUCCCUGUUUGGAAAAUCAACACAAGCACACAAUGGAUCCACAUGACUAUCAAGUCUUUCUGUCUCUCUGGCUGUCUCUGGUUCAGUUUCUCUCACACUGGAUGGAGGUUGUGAUGAUAGGACCUGAGAGCCAAGUCUCUCGCACGUUAAGGAGGAGCUGCCUUUGUUUGAAAAUAGUUUUUCUUUCUGUGUUUUUUUUUUUUGUGUUGUUUUUUUUCUGGGUCAGUCAUGUAAUUCCAACUUCUGAAUACAGAAUAUGCAGACUUUUUUCCAUGGUUUAUCUUUCUUUUUUUGGUGAUAUUUUCUCCGGCUUUGUAAGGUUAAAAAGAAGAGGAUCAAAAUUUGUGCUUGAAAUUCAGAGUUUGAUAUUCGUAGAGAGUGUAAUAUUAAUUUGUUUUGUUUAACAGCUAUUUAUUGAAAAAAACUGUUUGUGGAUUCCUAAUUUUUAAGAAGUCAUUCCCUCCUCUCUCUCUCUCUCUCUCUCUCUCUCUCUCUCUCUGUGUGCUGGGUGGGACAGGAUGGGUGUUUGUAUGCAAGAAUGUUUGAGUGUCCAGUGUCCAAAAAAAAAGUCUAUAUUGAUUUCUUAAGAUUAUUUCCAUGUUUUUGGCAAAGUUAUUGACAAUUCAAGUGAGGCAGAUGACAUGUCUUAUUGUUAUGAUUAUCAGAACUAUGAUUACUGUUGUUGAUGUUACUAUUAUUAAUUAUUAUUAAGUGCUGGAUGCUAAGCUUUAUUGUGUGUUCUUUUUUGAUAUUUUAUAUAUUGUAUAAGAAAAAAAAAGCUUUUAUACUUUGCCUUGUUGUGGACAGCAAGCCAUGGGGCUUUUAUCAACCUUUUAUUGUGCCAGUUUACGCUUUUUCUGUCGUAUUUGCUUUUUUUUUUUUUUUACCAAGGGGGAAAACAAAUUCACUGUCAAAACUUCUCUGUUAGAUAUUGAUUGCAACAUAUAUUCAGCACACGCUUUUGCAUCACUAAUGGACACUAAUUGAUUAAUAUCGAACCAAAAACAAUCUAGUACCUUGUAUACAUGAAGUGCUUUUGUUCCACAGUCCGUGUGUGCAGGUGCUUUUGGAUUUAUUGUUGUGGUUAACAGUUUUGUUGUUGGGUUGUUUUUAUUUUUGUCACUAUUUGUCACAGUUUGAAAAAAAAAAGUGCACAUGUUAUGGUAUUAUUGUGAAUAUGAAGGGCUGCCUGAAAGGACCGGCUAGCUUUUGAAGACUGCAUCUUAAAACCGAGCUGUUUUUUUUUUUUUUCUUUCUUUCUUUUAUAGUUCCUACUGUCUCACGCCUCGCAUGACACACAAUCAAGUAGAAAAGCAGCCCGUAGACAAAACGCUGUUCCCACUGAGAUAGCAGAGAGGAGUGUUGAGUCUACAUGCUGCGUUUCUACCUGCCAGUGUUUUACUGGCUUGACUCUAGUUCAUUCACAUAAAGGGAAAGUGAGCACUGCAGCAGUAACUCUGGGAAACAUUUCGUUGCCAGUGCCGGUUGCACACAUCAGGCCUCUCUGCUAUAGGUGCCAUGGACUGCACUUCUCAUGAACCCCCACUGAGAAACUCUCAGUAUGAUUUGUGAUGCUUUCUUCAUGCCUGGCAACUAUCUUUAUUUUAUUUUUUUUGUAUUAUUUAUUGUUUUUGUUUGUUUGACCCAUUUAUCAAAUAGUUGUGAUUUUUUGGGGUGGUUUUAAAAAAAAAAAAAGAAAAAAAAAAAGACAAUGGGGUUGGAUUUUUAUGAAUGUUAAUGGUGGGUGUGGAAGGAGCCCAUGAUCAGUGACAAAUCUCUGUCCUGUGGUGCUGUUGUGGCCACUGAGAGACGUCUGGAUGUGUGCGUGACUCCCCCCCUCCCCCUUCCCCUACCCCAUCCCCUUCCCUCCCCUCCGGGCCCCCGCGCUCUUCUCACGACCUGUACUGUAUGUCUUCUUCCUCAUACUGGGUUGUACUUCAGGAAAACGUCUGCCAUCAACCCCUCAAUAUGUGCCUCAAUGACAUUUCACCUGUGUGCUUGUGAGACGUGUGUUUGUGUCCAAGAGAUGACUGAACAUUUGUGUGUCGACGGAUAGAGAUUGCUGAGAUGUGACUGAUCAGAUUAGAGGUGCAAAAUAAAAAAAAUAAAAAAAAAAUAAAAAAAGUUUUAGAGGAUGAAACUUCAAAGAGACAAAUCAUGAUGGGCGACUAGAUUCUCCUUCCCACCGUGUGUUGAUGACCUUUUGUGCCCUGAUUCUGUGGUCUUAACUGCAUGCCUGUGUUCAUUUUGUCAAACCAAAGCGACGUCUUCGGCAUCUGCACACAACUGUCUCAUUCCACACGAUGCAAAACUGGAACUGUUUGCUCUAUUGCAGAUGAAUAUGGGUAUUCUUAGACGUGUACAAAUUGCAAUCCUCAUUUAGCCUGUAUAGCUUGAUUCACACGUGCAAAUCAUGAAGCCAUAGAUAUGGGUAUAUCUAUAUUAUACUAUAUUUCAAAAUUGGCGCUUUUUACUUUAGAUUUUGUUCUUCUAUUAAGAGUGAUGUGUGUAUACCUUCAUAUAUAUGAAUUUAUAUUACUAUUAUAUAUUAUUUAUUUUCUCUCUCAAGUUUCAGAGGGUCUUUAAUUUGUAAAAGGUCGCACUUGAAGCUUGAGGUUUGUUUAUUUUCAUUGGGAAUAUUGUUCAAUAUGAUACUGACUUUAUAUUGAUGAUUAUCAUAAACCUGUGUUUGUAACAAAAUGUGUUAAAUAAUCAAAAAAACCUGUCCUGUUUUUACACCUGUUUUGUUUUGGGCAGAUUAAGUGCUCUUGUGCAGAUAUUUUUCGGUUGAUAGUACUGAUCACAAAACAUUUUUACAGUCAACCAUGAGCCUCCUGUUUUGAUGUUGGGGCUGGCCCACCGGCCGUCCAAGCCUCUUUCUAACUUCAUGUUUAGUGGAAGAAUUAGCUUGACUAUUAUUUGCAAAAGCCAAUCAGUCUCAAUAAAUUUUGAAAUUGCUGCUGUAAAGAAGUGACCAAUGUGUGCUGUGCUUUUUGUUAUCACUUUGUUUUUUUUAAUGCUUGAUGGGGGACAAACCAGCUGCUGUCCACAAGGGGGCAGAAUAGACAAG